CUCCUGGCCGGUUCCUCGCGCUCAGACAGAGCUGGCUGUUGUCUCCUGAGGGCGUUGGUGCUGGGAGCCACCACCAAACAUCACCCCUGUGGUGAAGUGCGGGGUUCCGGGCAGCCUGGAGCAUUCCUGGGCUUUUUUCUGUUGUCACCCUCCCCACUGCAGGCAGAGGACGGCCACAGGAGCCAGGUCUGUAGUAGUGGUGGCCUUGGUGGCCUGUCCUGCCUGCUUUUUGUGGCUGUUCUGGGUCCAGCUGUGUGGUUGAUGUUUGCUGGGCAUUGCACCAGUCCCUGGGAGUGUCCGUGUCAGGUGGAACCCACUGCCUUGCUGCCAGCACCUGGAGGGUAAAAGGACCCACCUGGAUGCUCCUUCUCUGCUGGGUGAAGGAGACCUGUAAACCCCAGUGCUGGGGCUGUGGGGAGCGGUGCCCGUGGGGGUUUGUCAGCUCCUGCUCACCUGGACAUGGCUGGGCAGAGAGGAGGGCUGGCCCUGCCCCUGCUCUGGCCCCUGCUGCUGCUGCUGCUGCUGAGCCUCACCUGCCUCGCCGUGCUGCACCUGGCUCUGGAGACCACUGCCAUGGGGGUGACAGCAACUGUGUCCCCAGCUCGCCCUACCUCCUCAACACCCGUGGAGAGCUCAACACUGCUGCCUACCACUGACUCCACCACCACAGCCACCCUCCUUUCCUCCAGCCCUGAAACAGAGGCCUCCACCCCAGAGGAGUCCAGCACAUCCAUAGAGACUGGCAAGACAUCACCUCCCACUGUGCUUCCUCCCACCACAACUACAGAAGAUUCAGCUGAAUCUACAGAAGAGACCUUGGCAACCCUGGCAGACACCACAGCCAGCCCUGUAAUCAGCACAUCAGACCCCAUGAGCGCUCCCUCUUCAAGCCACCCAGCCAGAACCACUCCUGACAUCUUCCCCUCAACUGGGGAGUCGACUCCAGGCACUGAGCCCUCCUCCCCUGCCACCAGCUCAGCCCAGACCUCAGAGGCUACUACCCUCAGCACGCCUACAGACCUGCCAACGCUGCCGCCAGUCUGCCCCUCUGGCUCUUCCAACACCAGUGCGUCUCACCUCUUUCUGUCGCUGCAGCUAAGCACCCCUCUGGACCUGGGGAACACCACAGUGCAGGAGCUGGUGUUGGCCAAGCUCCGUGAGGACCUGCAGACAGCGUUCCCGUGUGCUGGCCUGUCACUGGCAUGGCGAGGGAAGAGGAGGACUUGACUGGUGCUCCUCACCUGGCCUGCUCCCGCCUGGACUGCUCCCAGCUCCUCACUCCAUGGUGCUGCAGGCCCCUGGGGAAUCCCAUACAGCUCCUCUUGAACCUGGGCUUCCUGUCCUUCACUUUGUACCCCCAGUCCCCUCCUGACCAUUCCACAGCCUAUCUGAAGAGCCUGAGCCCUCCCCACCACCCUGCUCCAGACCUGGUUCCCCCUCCAGCUCUGCUGGGGAGCAGGGAGAAGGGGACCCCACGGGACUGGUCUUUACAUCUGGGACUGAGCUGGCUCAUCCAUCAAAGCCACCCUGGGGACAGGGGAAUGAGAAGAAGGAGACUGAAGCCCCCAGUACUGCUGUGCCCAAGGCUCACCUGUGGUAUUGCUGACAGAGGAGAGCACCCAUGCCGGGCAGUAAAUAGAAAUUCCAUGUUUUCUCUGUUGAAAUGA